CCCAGCCCGGCCAGCCCCAGCUUGCCCGGCGCGGCCUGCCCCGGGACAGCAAGGCCUGUGUGACCAUUCUCUAAAAUAUUUAAGCUCGAGAAUCACAGAGCGGAAGCUGCAAGGCUCCUGGCUGCCUGCCAGCCGAGGGAAUCUGGAGAAACCAUUCCUGGGGCCGCGUGGCCCCGUCGUGCCCUUGUUCUGCCCUCGGAAUGGCCUUCACUCGGCACAUCCUGAGAACAGCCCGCUGAAGCCCAGGGUCGUGACCGUGGUGAAGCUGAGUGGGCAGCGCCCCCGAAAGAUCACCCUGCUCCUCAACAGGCGAUCAGUGCAGACAUUCGAGCAGCUCUUAGCUGACAUCUCAGAAGCCUUGGGCUCUCCCAGAUGGAAGAAUGACCGUGUAAGGAAACUGUUUAACCUCAAGGGCAGGGAGAUCAGGAGCGUCUCUGAUUUCUUCAGGGAAGGGGAUGCUUUCAUAGCUAUGGGCAAAGAACCACUGACACUGAAGAGCAUUCAGGUGGCUGUAGAAGAAUUGUACCCCAACAAAGCCCGGGCCCUGACACUGGCCCAGCACAGCCGUAUCCCUUCUCCAAGGCUGAGGAGCAGGCUGUUUAGCAAGGCUCUGAAAGGAGACCACCGCUGUGGGGAGACCGAGACCCCCAAAAGCUGCAGCGAGGUUGCAGGAUGCAAGGCAGCCAUGAGGCACCAGGGGAAGAUCCCCGAAGAGCUUUCAUUAGAUGACAGAGCAAGGACCCAGAAGAAGUGGGGGAGGGGGAAACGGGAGCCAGAACCCAGUAGCAAGCUGCCCAGGGAAGCCACUCUAGAAGAGAAGCACGCAAGGGGAGAGAAGCACCUCGGGGUGGAGAUUGAAAAGACCUCGGGUGAAAUUAUCAGAUGUGAGAAGUGCAAGAGAGAGAGGGAGCUUCAGCAGAGCCUGGAGCGCGAGAGGCUUUCUCUGGGGACCAGUGAGCUGGAUAUGGGGAAGGGCCCAAUGUAUGAGGUGGAGAAGCUGGUGAGGACCAGAAGCUGCAGGAGGUCUCCCGAGGCAAAUCCUGCAGGUGGGGAGGAAGGGUGGAAGGGUGACAGCCACAGGAGCAGCACCAGGAAUCCCACUCAAGAGCUGAGGAGACCCAGCAAGAGCACGGACAAGAAAGAGGACAGAGGCCCAGAGGAUCAAGAAAGCCAUGCUCAGGGAGCAGCCAAGGCCAAGAAGGAACUUGCGGAAGUUCUUCCUGUCACAGAGGAAGGGCUGAGGGAGGUGAAGAAAGAUACCAGGCCCAUGAGCAGGAGCAAGCAUGGUGGCUGGCUCCUGAGAGAGCAUCAGGCGGGCUUUGAGAAGCUCCCCAGGACCCGAGGAGAAGAGAAGGAGGCAGAGAAGGAGAAAAAGCCAUGUAUGUCUGGAGGCAGAAAGACGACUCUCAGAGAUGACCAACCUGCAAAGCUAGAAAAGGAGCCCAAGACGAGGCCAGAAGAGAACAAGCCGGAGCGGCCCAGCGGUCGGAAGCCGCGACCCAUGGGCAUCAUUGCCGCCAAUGUGGAGAAGCAUUAUGAGACUGGCCGCGUCAUUGGGGACGGGAACUUUGCUGUCGUGAAGGAGUGCAGGCACCGCGAGACCAGGCAGGCCUAUGCGAUGAAGAUCAUUGACAAGUCCCGACUCAAGGGCAAGGAGGACAUGGUGGACAGUGAGAUCUUGAUCAUCCAGAGCCUCUCUCACCCCAACAUCGUGAAAUUGCAUGAAGUCUACGAAACAGACAUGGAAAUCUACCUGAUCCUGGAGUACGUGCAGGGAGGAGACCUUUUUGACGCCAUCAUAGAAAGUGUGAAGUUCCCGGAGCCCGAUGCGGCCCUCAUGAUCAUGGACUUAUGCAAGGCCCUCGUCCACAUGCACGACAAGAGCAUCGUCCACCGGGACCUCAAGCCGGAAAACCUUUUGGUUCAACGAAAUGAGGACAAAUCUACUACCUUGAAAUUGGCUGAUUUUGGACUUGCAAAGCAUGUGGUGAGACCUAUAUUUACUGUGUGUGGGACCCCGACUUAUGUAGCUCCCGAAAUUCUUUCUGAGAAAGGUUAUGGACUGGAGGUGGACAUGUGGGCUGCCGGUGUGAUCCUCUAUAUCCUGCUGUGUGGCUUUCCGCCAUUCCGCAGCCCUGAGAGGGACCAGGACGAGCUCUUUAACAUCAUCCAGCUGGGCCACUUUGAGUUCCUCCCCCCUUACUGGGACAAUAUCUCUGAUGCUGCCAAAGAUCUGGUGAGCCGGUUGCUGGUGGUAGACCCCAAAAAGCGCUACACAGCUCAUCAGGUUCUUCAGCACCCCUGGAUUGAAACGGCUGGCAAGACCAAUACAGUGAAACGACAGAAGCAGGUGUCCCCCAGCAGUGAGGGUCACUUCCGGAGCCAGCACAAGAGGGUUGCGGAGCAGGUAUCGUAGUCACCGCCUCGGGAAUCUGUUCAGCCCCCAGUUCUGCUCAAGGACAGAAAAAAGGAUGGAAGUUUGAGAGAAAAACAAUGAAAGAGGCUUCUUCACAUAAUUGGCGAAUCAGAGGGAGAGACGCUCAGUGUAUUUUAAAGCAUAUUAAAAAAAUUAAGUAAAUGUUAAAUGUCAACAUAUUUUUAGAUUUGUAUAUUUAAAGCCUUUAAUACAUUUUUGGGGGAUAAGCAUUGUCAUCAGUGAGGAAUUUUGGUAAUAAUGAUGUGUUUUGCUUCCUCUUUGUAACCAAGUUUAUUCUGUACUACAGGAGUGGUGCUUACCAGGGUCUAAACUCCCCCUGUGAGAUUAAUAAGGUGCAUUGUGGUCUUUCUGUGUUAAUAAAAUGUGCUCUGAAUAA